UGUCAAAAACUGUGCAUGUACAUGUACAUUCGAAUCUAUAUCUGUCCAAUUAAAGGGUUCUUCUAUUCUUCAUUUGAAAAGUCGAUUUUUACACCAAUUUUACAUAAUCAAUCGAAUAAUAAAAAAGGAUAUUCUAUUCAAUCAAUCAAAAAUUUACUUAAAAUGUUCUUAGACAUUGUUAAAAGUUUAUAAAAAACUGUCGUGUAUGCUUAAAUGUAUUCCUUAGAUCGGGGUAAAUUAUAUAUAAAAGCAUUUGCUGUCGGAUUUAAAAAGAAGAAAAAAUGUUCUUGAAUUGGUAUUCCAAUUUAAGUAAUCGCACCGUGGCGAUUAUAUUUUUAGUUUGCAUAUCCGUUCUAUAUGUUUCAUAUACAUUUAAUUCGUGUUUAAUGCCUCGCAUAAAUCGAUCAUUUAAAAGGCAUUCAAUUCAAAGCUCUGUGGAGAGUGUAAUGUCACCAGUUGUUAUGACAGAACCACCGGAAAUAAAAAUUCUCGGUUCUAUUGUUCGAAUAGUUCCAUUAAUGUACAACUAUACUGAAAUAGAUGGUUCACCAAAAUAUAGAUUUCUUCGACAACAAGGAUUGCGUCCAUCGCGCCAUUUACCGGACACCCUAAUAAUCGGUGUAAAAAAGAGUGGGACACGUGCACUUUUGGAAUUUAUACGCUUACAUCCAGAUGUUCGUGCGGCUGGAUGUGAGGUUCAUUUUUUCGAUAGGCAUUAUAAUCGAGGUCUUCAUUGGUAUCGGCAUCAUAUGCCAUAUACUAUAGAAGGUCAAAUAACUAUGGAAAAGUCACCUAGUUAUUUUGUUACCAAGGAGGUGCCUCAAAGAGUUCAUCACAUGAAUCCUAGCACUAAACUACUUGUUGUAGUUCGAGAUCCUGUAACACGUGCAAUAUCCGACUACACUCAGGCCGCAAGUAAAAAAACUGAUAUGAAAAAAUUCGAACAAUUGGCUUUUAUGAACGGAUCCUUCGAAGUUGUCGACACAACAUGGAGUCCAGUAAAAAUUGGUGUCUAUUCAAAACAUUUAGAAAAAUGGCUACAAUAUUUUCCAUUGUCACAAUUACUUUUUAUAAGUGGUGAAAGACUGAUUGUAGAUCCAGCUUUUGAAAUUGGUCGUGUUCAAGAUUUUCUUGGACUAAAACGAGUUGUAACCGAAAAACAUUUUUAUUUUAAUUCAACAAAAGGAUUUCCAUGUCUAUUCAAAUCCGAAGCUAAAUCAACACCACAUUGUUUGGGCAAGACUAAGGGGCGAAACCAUCCAUUUAUAGAUCCAGCUGCAAUCGAAAGACUUAGAGAAUUCUACAGACCAUUUAAUAAUAAAUUUUAUCAAAUGACAAAUAUAAAUUUUGGAUGGCCAUAAUUAAAAAAUAAAAAUAGUUAAGAUUCUUUAUAGAAUAUAAGAUUUUACUUUUU